CUGGAGACGGCAGCCGCGGAGCCGAGAGCCCCCCGGCUAGCGGGCGGUGGGUCCGGGGCAGGGCCGGGCCGCAUCUGGGUUCCCGGCGGCCCUCCGCCAUGAAGCUGACUCGGAAGAUGGUCCUGUCCCGGGCCAAGGCCUCGGAGCUGCACAGUGUGCGGAAGCUCAACUGCUGGGGCAGCCGCCUCACAGAUGUCUCCAUCUGCCGGGAGAUGCCCAGCCUGGAGGUGAUCACCCUCAGCGUCAACAGCGUCUCCACCCUGGAGCCCGUGAGCCGGUGCCAGCAGCUGAGCGAGCUCUACCUGCGGAAGAACUGCAUCCCCAGCCUGGCAGAGCUCUUCUACCUGAAGGGCCUGCCGCGCCUGCGCGUGCUCUGGCUGGCAGAGAACCCGUGCUGCGGCACCGACCCCCACCUCUACCGCAUGACCGUCCUGCGCAACCUGCCGCACCUGCAGAAGCUGGACAACCAGGCCGUGACCGAGGAGGAGCUGUCCCGUGCUCUGAUGGAGGGGGAGGAGGUCACAGCCCCCAGCGGACAGGGCACGGGGAAUGGCAGGCCUGCGCUGUCCUACGCCCUGAGCGCCAUGGACACCACUGCUGAGACCCGGCAGGACACGCUGGGCUGUGGCCAGGAGGAGACGAGCAUCCAGAGCCAACUCAGCCUGAAGCCACCUUCCCGGGACCGGUUUCCUUCCUUCUCACAGAGGGACACCGUGAGCAGUCGCAAGAACAGGAACAAUGUGCUGACCGCCGUCCUGCUGCUCCUGAGGGAGCUGGACACCGAGGGGCUGGAGACCGUGCACCAGACCGUGGCCAGCCGGCUCCAGGCCCUGCGCAAGCAGGACCUGCAGGAGGACGUGGAGUGACCGUCAGUCGGAAACCCGAGCUGCCACGCCUUCCUCCCGCGACCCCGUGCCCAAGCACCUGGGAGACGUGGGGUCCCUUCCACGGCCACGGCCUCUACUGGACCCCGGCUGAGUCCCAGCACGUGGGCUGUGUCCCAGGAAGUUCAGGCCUGCCUGGGGAAGCCAAGCCCUCGGUGUGGAUGGCGCCCCAGCGAGAGCAGGAAGGGCGUCGGGCACUUGCCAGGUGCCCUCCUGCCCGGGGCCCAGGUGGACGCCAGCCUGUGUGGGGGGCCCACCUGGACUUGGCUCUUCCUGAGGCGGGCAUGGCUGCCACUGUCCCUAAUAAAUAUCUUACCAAAGUCUGAUCUGGAAGCAGGCGUUUCCUAGGGGACAGACAUGACCUUGACAUUGUUUUGAAGGUGAGGGCCGUCGCUCAUGCGCGUUUCUCCUAUCGGUUCUCUGCCCCAGUUGUGGAAUAGGCUCUGUCCACCAUGGCCAGCUUCCAGAAUGGUGCGGUCCUUAGAGUGACUUGGCAUCAGCAGACCCACAGCAAUGCUGCUGGCCGCCACCGGGACAUGUCGUGCAGCUGUUAGGGUGGGGGCAGGACUGGAGAACACACCUUCCUUUUUUCUCUGCCUUUUUGAGAGCCCGCAGGGCCAGGGGUUUGUGCGGAUGGGUGGGAGAGGCCCGGGGUGGGCAGGAUGCAGGUGCAGCCGUGGGAGAGGCAGUGGCUGGGGGAGGACACCUCAGGGAGAGCCACGGGCCUUGCUCUGAUGGUAGUGCUGCAGGCCGAGGGGCCUUCCUAGUGCCCCCCUGCAGCUGAGGAUGCCUCCCUGGGCUGGGGAGCGGCGUGGCCUCUGAGCCGGUAGCCGGUCUUACUGCGGCCGGGACAGGAGCAGGGUUGCCUUCACCCCCGCUCCGGUUGAUGGGGACCCAGAUCUGUGUAAUGUGUCCAUCACCGUGCUAGCAGAGGGGUGACUUGUGCGCCGUGUGCAAGGAUCCAGGUGGGGUGGCCAUGCCCAGGAGACGGUGCUGCCCUUAAAGAGAGGCUGCACUCAGGCCAGCGAGUUUCAAACGGCCCGGGGCCCAGGAGGGCUGCUGGGCGCUGGGUGCUGGGCCCCCGGCGGGUGGUUGCUCUCUGGGGCAUCUGUGGUUCUCCAGGAACUGAGUGGCAGAAGCGAGGCGUCGCCAUGUGGGGGCGUCUGUGAGGGGUGGCCACCCGGCCGUGUGUGCACUUUCCGCUGUAUGUGGGGACAGGCUGACUCUCAAUAAAGCGUCUGAGAGCAA